AUGCCUGUGCCAGCCCUGCAUGCAUCGGCUGAUGCUCACCACGGACCUGGGAAAGUGACCUGUCAACGAAGCAAAUUGGGUGGGACCUUCCUGCAGAUUGCGCAGUACGUGGUGCAGUUCAGCUGGGGCAGUGCCAAGAUCAACCAGUCUGACCGGAUCUACUACACUGCCUACGCCUCCAAAAGUAGCGACCAGGGCAAGCUCUCACAGUGGAGUACCGAGGUGGACUUCCGAGCUGUGGAUGUCAAUGACCAGGGCAGGCCUGCGUCCCAAAUCACCAGUUUGAAACAUGGGAACAAGUUCAUGAUUUCCAACGAGUUCAUUCUAGUUGCCAAGGUAUCCAGUGAGGAGAGGCAGACCGUGAACCUCAUGGUUUCCAACGAUGGAGCCAACACCUGGAAGGCGGCAUUGCUGCCAUCCGGGAUGGGAGAGCUAGAGGAGAAGUGGUACACAAUUGUGGACACCUCAGAGGGCGCGGUCCUUCUGCACCUGAACUCCGAGACGGGGGCCACUGACACUGGCCGCAUUUUUGUAUCCGACAGCGAAGGUUACAAGUACUCGCAGUCGCUGCUGCACAAUGUGCGCUCUUCCACCGGUGAGGUCGAAUUCGACAAGGUGGUCAGCCUGACGGGGGUCUACCUGGCCAAUGUAGUGGCGCAAGCCGAUUCGGCUGACGCAGGCUACGAGAAGGCCAAGCAAGCUGCCACAGAAUCUGUGGAGCAAGACGCUUCGGAGGGAUCAUCAGUAGAUAGGAGACAUGGCCGUGGCUGGGGCAAAGCCUCCCGCAUGGCCAAGGAGGAGCGCACCAUCCGCACAGUGAUUUCCUUUGACAAGGGAGGAUCGUGGCGCUAUUUGAAACCGCCCAGGGUGAACAGCCAGGGCCAGCCGUACUUCUGCGCAGGAAAGCCUUUACAGGACUGCGCUCUGCACCUGCACGGCAGCAGCUCCUGGGAUCUCUAUGCCCCCUUCUAUUCAAGCUGGGGGGCCUGGGGUUCUGCUGGGUCCUAG